UACCAAUCAUGUUUCACAGUCAGAUGCAAAUGUGCUUACAGAUUACCCAUUCAAGUAAAUUCUACUUUCUCCUACUGCACUGUUGCCAUGGAACACCACACUCUGAUGCACAUUUUUAGGAGGAAACAUAUUCAGAGGUAUUUAUAUAGUAUGUCAGUUCAGCUGGCUUUCCUCCCAAGCAGAAUUCAAAGAAAGUGACAUAGAGUUGGGGUUUCUAGAGUGAAAUGUAUUUGUCAGGGUUUCCUUGUCUUAUGAAUAGGCCAUACGGUACUGCUACCAUGGCUACUGUGAUAAACAAUAUUUACAUUCAAGGUGGCCAAAUGAAAGAAGGCUCCCUUCAAGGUAAUUUCACUAUUGGAGCUCUGGUUUGUAAAUUCAGCAGGAACAAAAGGCGAAAAGGCCUAAUAAGUUUUGCAUGGAUAGAUUUUCUGUUAUUUUUCACUGAGGCAGAGAUGCCAAUUUCUUCAGGAGCUGAAGGACAUAUUGGAUUUGGAGUGGACACGUCCAUCCGAUGGUUUCCUAAAGGAGGAAAGAAACUUUAUAUGCCUUUCAAGGUGAAUUCCUACCUCCAGAGGUAUUUAUACUGCCACUCUGAAGCCAAAAACAGACGUUUUGAUAAACAUUCAAUAAAUUUCCAUUGCCCAGGCACACAGUCAUGGCCUAUCCAAAAGAAAUAUUUUUCUAAGGAAACGUUCAAACCAGAUGAAAAGACAAUCAGGAAAAAUCAGCAAGAAAGGAUAGCAUCCCAAAAUGGAAAUGUUUCAGCUACUACAGUGCUUGCCAGCAAAAGAACUAUAAAGAAAACCCCCAGACAGAAAGCUGAUGCAACCAGAUCUUCUUUUUGCACCCUGCUGUAAAUAUCAAGGAAGCAUAAUUUCAGAGACAGACGGGCACAGACACCUUGUGCCUUUCACCCAGACUGUAGCCUGAUUGACAACCACAGGAUUCCUGAUAAUGGCAUUAAAUAACCCAGAAGUCCGGGGUUUUUUUUACAGCAGGCCUGAAUUCAUUCGAAUCACCCUAUGUGUAUUUGCCUAGAAGCGUGUCCAGGAUCGAAGUCUUAACUCUAAUUUGCUUCCCAACCAGUAAGUUCCAAAAUGCUAUCUUUUCCUAAUAAGGAAUAUACUGCCGCCCCCGUAACGUUUUCAGAGGCAGAGACCAGCAUUGUGCCCUUAAUCCCCAGUGAGAACGCUCCAGAGGUCAGGAUUGAG